AUGUCAGGGUUCAUUAAGAGCACGUUGCUUGGUCUAGGCCAAGAUUACUUAGAAGAUCAAUAUCAAGAGUUCGCAGAACAGCAUUUCCAGCCAACCAGGGAUCCGUUUUAUGAAACGAAUAAAGAUGGUAAAAAGCACCGCCGCAGACUGCCAUAUUAUUGCACUAAGGAUGAAAGUAAAGCGUGGAAAAAGGUCCAAAACAAAGCCUGGCUGCAUGACAAAUCACUGUGCGGAUGCUGUUGCUGGACAAACACUAUAGGAUGGGCACCAUUACUUGCACUUCUACCGGUUAUAGGACCCUUAUUGAUGUAUUGGGUGCAUGAUAAGUUGAUUGAAUUGGCAGAUGACAGGUAUAAAUUGCCUGCGGAAAUCAAGGUGAAGAUGCAUGGUAAUAUCGUUAUCGAUUUACUUAUUAGUUUAGUUCCUAUUCUGGGAAGUGUUUUUGCAUGGUUGCACGCAUGUUCCACGAGAAACGCAGCUAUAGUUUACAAUUUUGUUGGAAAAAGGGCAUUGGAAAGAAAGCAAGCGGAGCUCAUGCAUCAAAAAGAAGAAAAUGAGAAACAUUCCAAUGCCAAUACUGCACCUCCAGUAGUUGGUGGCAACAAAAAUGUGAAUGGAAACAGAAAUAAUAGUAAAAUGUAUAACAGACCGCCUGUGACAGCUCCACCUGCACCAGCAUACACGCGCAGUACUAACGGUCGCCCCCAAAGAGGUUACAGGUGA